GCGAAGAGGGAGAAAUUCCUUCAUUUGCGUGAAACCUCUCUUCGGUAUCGCAUGAAAGCCACGUGAGAGAAUCAUGGAUAAACCAGUGGUUUUGGCUCGUGUCAUAAAAGUCCUAGGAAGAACUGGCUCACAAGGGCAAUGUACGCAAGUAAAAGUUGAAUUUCUUGGUGAGCAAAAUCGUCAAAUUAUCCGAAACGUGAAAGGCCCUGUACGAGAAGGUGAUUUAUUAACCUUGCUGGAAUCUGAACGUGAAGCAAGAAGACUUCGAUAAGCACAUAAGGAAAAUGAAUUGCCAGCACGUGAAAGUCACCAACAGUGUCUGGACUCAAACGAUACAAUUCAUUCCAUCAACAAAAUUGGGACGAUCCAACUACUCCAAUAGCACGAGCCGCCUUGUUUCAAAAAAUCACUGUCAAUGAAGAUGUUUCCAAUUUUUGUAAUAAAUACUGGCUAAUAUUUGAUUGAAUA